UUGAUUUGAUAUGUAAUAUGCCAUAAUUGAUUAAUUUGAAAUGUGGUCAAUAAUUUAUAUUGUAUAGGUAUUACUUGUUGAUAUCAAUUUUCCUAAAUAGUUAUAGUUCACACGAAAGUGCAUCGUACAAAAAAUAAAAAUAAAAAUGAUUUUGCGCCAGUCCUUUCUGUGCAAAAUAAAAUGAUCAUUUUAAUUUCGUGGAAUAAACGCCCAUGGAACAGCGUCAUCCUCAUAAACGACAGAAGACUCUUCUCGUUAUAACUUACAAUGGUGCUUAUACGGCUAAAGCUGGUCAGUCCACAGAAUCAUCAAAGAUAAUUCCCAAUUGCAUGAUGAAAUCCAAAAGCGAGAGAAGAAGACCAUUUACUGGUAAUCAAAUAGAAGAAUGCCGAGACAUGGCCGGUUUAUAUUUCAUGUUGCCCUUUCAAAAAGGAUAUUUGAUUAACUGGGACGUGCAAAAGACAGUAUGGGAUCAUAUUUUUUCAAAAGACUGUUGUAAUGUAAAUUUCGGUGAAACAUCGAUGAUAAUUACGGAGCCCCCGUUUAACUUCGCAUCAAUCCAAGAAGCGAUGGCUGAAAUUUUUUUCGAGGAAUAUGAUGUAGCAAGUUUAUUAAGAAUCAACCCAUCAACUUUGGCCAAUUUUCAUUAUAGACAUGAAAAUCCUACCGCUAAGUGUUGCAUAAUUGUGGAUGUUGGUUACAGUUUUUGUUAUAUAUCUCCUUAUGUGAAUGAUAUGAGAAUUAAAGCUGGAAUUAGAAGAAUAGAUGUUGGUGGUAAAUUAUUGACUAAUCAUUUAAAAGAAAUUUUAUCGUACAGACAGUUAAAUGUUAUGGAUGAAACUUAUGUUGUUAACCAAGUAAAGGAAGAUUCGUGUUUUGUGUCUCAAGAUUUUUAUGCAGACAUGGAAACAGCUAAGAGAGGCUUCAAGAAUAACACUAUUGUGAAAGAUUACGUUCUACCUGACUUUACAACUUUGAAAAGAGGCAUGUUGGUUGACGUUGGAACUGAAACCGACCAGCAAGUAUUGCGUAUGAACAACGAGAGAUUUUCAAUACCAGAAAUCAUGUUUCAUCCAUGUGAUGUAGGAAUAAAGCAAAUGGGCAUCUCAGAAGCUAUAAUGGACUGUUUGAAAGCCUGUGCAGAAGAAACUUGGCCACAUUUGUUAGCAAAUAUUAUUCUAACUGGUGGCAGUGUCUUGUUUCCAGGUUUUAAAGAAAGAAUUGAAACAGAUAUUAGAAGUUUGGCUCCUGAUGAAUAUGAAAUUAAUGUGCAUCUACCAGAUGAUCCAAUAACAUUUGCAUGGGAAGGUGGUAAGCUAUUGGCUAAAGAUUCAGGAUAUUCCAGUUUGAUUGUUAAAAGGGAGGAGUAUGAAGAGGAAGGUCACAAUGUGUGCUACGAUAAGUUUGACAUAUAGAUAAUAUGUUUUCAAUGAAUUCUUCAGAAAAAGAGUGAGUUUAAAUGGUUUAGUUUUUAAAAACUAAACUUCCUUUUACUCAAAUUUGUACAUAGAGAUGUAAAUAAUUAUUUUUAUAAACUGUAUAAUAA